AUGACGCUUUGUAUACGAGUCUUUCAAGAGGAGGAGGCUCUGGGAGUGGAAUUCAUCCUGGUAGUCAAGGUUGGUUGAUUUUUUAUACUCGAUUAGUUGAAAAAAUAAACGUGAACAGUGGUCGAAACUCCUUCAGGAUGGGCUUUAAAAAAUUCAUCGAAAAAGGGCUUCUAAAUUUGCAAAAGAAUCAUUUUUUGAUCAUUGACGACUUUCCAAAUGCUCAAAGCCUACGACGUCUUUCAAAGAUCGCAAAAAUGUUUUGUUUUGUAUUAAUUUUUGAAGUUCCCCGAAAUUUCAAAAAUUUCAUUGAGUGAAAAAAAUCAUUUCAUAAAUCUAAAAAAAUUAGAAAAAAAUCUCUCCAUUGGAAAAAAAUUUAUUUUUUUCAGUUCAAACCACUUUUUCCCGCCUCUCCCACCCCAUUUGGCGUCCGGUCGACAUAUGGAGACACUGCAAAGCGUACGUUUAACAUUUGAUUCCUGAAUAAAAUCAUUUCUUGUUCAUUUCAGAUAUCCAAGAGUUCAUGAGACGUCCAACCCUCCCUUACAACAGCAUGGACACUUUGUUGGGACGAAGAACAGUAGAGGAACGUGAGAGGAUCGUUGAGAAGAGAGCGAGUAUUACGUGGGUUUUACACUCUUUUUUUUAUCCCGGAUUUCUAAAAUUUCCUUCAUUUGUAGUUGAGGCAAAAUCUUGAAUUUUUAUGAAUGAGAGAAGAAAUUGAAGUCUUGUCCAGCUGAAGAUUUCGAAUAAUUUAUCAUUUUUUCAAUCCCUAUCGAUAACUUUUUUAGUUCCGGCGUGGGCAUCAACAUUGAUUCCAACAGCCAGUCAGGCCAAAUGUCAAAAAGCUUGGAUGGUAAGUCUUCCGCUGACAUACGGCGUAAUAUUUGAGCCUUAUUGCAGCAUCAAAUGGUUCAUGGAGACAAGCAGAUGGCCGAAAUUUGCCCCACGACGACAGGAUCUACCAGGUCGAGAUCCAGCGUGUGCCGGCCAGUGGUCGUUCCGCUUUUGGUAUGAGUUUUUUUCCGGGUUUUUUGAGGAUAGGGAAGUUUUCAGAAAUUGGAAAAAUAAAAAAUUCAAGAUAGGAAAAAAAAAAACUUGCUCAUUAGAAACUUUCAUCAAAGGAAACAGAACUGAAGAAUUUUCGCAUCAUGAAUUUGCGAGUUUUAUGGAGAGAAAAUUUUUCAAGUAACUGUGAGUAAUAAUAUAGAAAUAUAACUUUAAAAAAAUUGGUUUCCAUGAAUACAAUAAAUUUCAAACUACAAAAAAACUUUUUAUAAAAUAUUACAUAACACAAAAAUUUCAGAUCGGAUUCCGACUCCGGAAAUCCCACCGCCUCCUCCAACUUCUGAGAUCCCACCAGUCACAUCACCUUCGAACAAAUCUUUUGUUCUGAACAUCAAGCCCACCGAUUCUGGAAGAUCUGAAACCCAGAAAAAUAACCAAGGUCAGAGUGUUCUUCAUCUUAAUUUUUAUGUAAACUUGAUUUUUCAGCAACUCGAUCAAAAACAAACGUUGACUUGAACGAAUCCGGCGGUUCAACUUCCAGCAGAACUUCGGCCAGGAAAAGCAAGCCUUGGAAGGAGGAAUCGGAAGGUUUGUGAAUUUUCAAUUUUCAAAUGACGGACAAAAAAAACAGUUUUUCAAUCUACACGAAAGUUUUUACGAAGUUUUGUAAAAUUAAUUUAAUUUCAGAAGAGAAAAAACGACGUCUGGGAACUAUCUACACUGGGAAGGACUACGUCAGUCCCAUCGAUUUCAGUGACCAGAGACCUUGGCCAAUGGUUUCGGGAUCAGAAACCGAAGAAGCCAAGAACAAGAAAAAUUAA